AUGCCCGCAAAGAAGUUGGCAUACUCCGAAGAUGCCCGCAAGUUGCUGCGAAGCGGCAUCGACACCCUGGCCGACUCGGUUAAGAUUACCCUGGGCCCACGCGGCCGCAACGUCGUGCUGGACAAGAAAUUCGGCCCGCCGCAGGUCUGCUCCGACGGCGUGACCAUCGCCAAGGAAAUUGAGCUUCCCGACGCCUUUGAGAAUAUGGGCGCGCAGUUGCUCAAGGAAGCCGCCACCAAGACCAACGACGCUGCCGGGGACGGGACCACGACCAGCAUCGUGCUGUCGCAGGCGAUCAUCCACGAAGGCUUCAAGAACGUCACCGCUGGCGCGAACCCCAUGGCCAUAAAGCGCGGCAUCGAGCGCGCGGUCGGCCAGGUCGUGAUCGAGUUGCAGUCGAUGUCCCAGCCCGUGGAGACCCGCGAGCGCAUCGGGCAGGUUGCUUCCCUGUCCGCCCACGAAGACGCGAUCGGCGAGACCAUCGCCGAAGCGAUGGAGAAGGUCGGCAAGGACGGCGUCAUCACCGUGGAAGAGUCCCGCGGCCUGACCGACGAGAUCGAGUACGUGGAAGGCAUGCAGGUCGACCGCGGCUACAUCUCUCCUUAUUUCAUCACCAACAGCGAUCGCAUGGAAUCGGCCGUCGACGAUCCUUACGUCAUCAUCACCGACAAGAAGAUCUCGGCCGUUGCUGACCUGGUCCCCGCCCUUUGA